ACCAACAUGACAAUGUCCCAUCACAAAAACAAGGACCCGCCCACACUCCAAAGCCUCCCUACCGAACUCUACCUCCAGAUCCUCACCCACCUCCCCCUCACCUCCAUCUCCCGCCUAUCCCGUACCUCCCACCAUCACCACACCCUUGUCACCACCCACGGAUGGGCCCAGUGCUGGUCUCGCUCGUCCUACACCCUCCAGACAUGGCCCACAACGCCUCCUUCUUGGCUAGCUCGCCUGGAGUUCAUGCAUAAUGUCAUGAAACGAUGGCAUUCUGGCGAGGUGCGAUGUGCGUGGGUGGAAGGACCGUGGGGACGCGUGUACAUGCCUACAAUCGUAAUGUCGGGCGAGAGACUAAUUUGGACUAAAGGACAGUGGGUUGAAGGGAUUUGGUUUGAGGGGGGUUAUUAUGGACGACAGGUACGCGUCGGGGGACGACAUGGAGGGGAGAUUCUAUGCUGUGGGGUAAUGGGUGAGAGUCUCUUGACAGGGGGUGCGGAAGGGGGAGUCUGUAUAUGGGAUAUGGAAUCCUUCAAGUCUCGACGAAACGGACGAAAACGGACGACAACGGUUUAUCCACUUGGUUAUCUUACCGGGCAUACAUCUGCAGUGAAAUCCCUUACACCCAUCUCCAAAACCCGUUUUUUAACAUGUAGUUUUGAUGGUACUUUCCGUAUUUGGAGUCCCGACACUAGCUCCAUAUUUCCCAUCCCCGAUCUUAACCGCAACCGACCUUGGACAACCACAUUCGCAUCACAUCCCUCUCUUCUCGCCGUAGGAUUCUCCCAUCUCUUUCCCACCUCUUCUAAUUCACCGCUCCGUCUGUACGCCGUGACACCGACCUCGCUGACCCCCCUCGCGGAUUUACAUGGUCACAAAAGCAGUAUAUACGAUACACACAUGAUAGACCCACAUACACUUUUAUCUGCGUCGUUUGAUGGUACAGUUCGCACAUGGGACAUGCGCACACGUACCUGUGUGCAAGUUUUCGAGGAUCCGGAUGACUAUGCUGUGUACUCUGUUGCAGGGGGUUCGUGGUUGAUUUCAAGUGGGACGGCGUGGCAUGCUACGGUUCGAAUAUGGGAUGCGAGGAUGAGUGGGUUGGUUAGGUCAGUGUUUUUGGUUGAGAGACGGUCCCCUGUUUAUGCACUUGCGAUGGAUUGUGUGAGGAUUGUGGGGGCUGUUGAUGGUGGAGUGGGCAUGUGUGUUGCGGAUGGAAUGGUAUAGAACAUACCGUCUUUUUGUUGUUUAUGAUGCAGUAUAUAGAGCGCAGUUUGUAGAUCUGUGAUGGGGUAUAUCACUUUUGAGUAUAUCAUGUAAUCAUCACGUCAGCAACUCCG